AUGGAGAAGACCCUAAAUAGCACAGGUGGAUGCCUCGCACUCGUUGCUGUCAUCCUGCGGAUGGUGACAGCUUGCCCUGCAUCAUGUGUGGUGUGUGCCAAAGAUGUAACCCUCUGUCACCACCUAACCUAUAUAGUAGCAGCCCCUGUGACCACGAGAGUUUUAAUCAUCACUGAUGGAUACCUCUCCUCUAUAGAGAGCACAAAUCUGUCUCUCUUGUUUAAUCUGGCCCUGCUCUCCCUGAGCAGAAAUGGUAUCGAGUUUGUUCAGGAAGAUGCCCUGUACGGCCUCACAACAUUGCAGACACUGUUGCUCGAGCACAACCGAAUAUCCAGCUCUUCGCUCACUGAUCUCACCUUCAGCAAGCUUCACAGCCUGCAGGUGCUGGUGCUGAGCAAUAAUGCUCUCUGUACCCUGCGAGGGUCCUGGUUCCGAAACACCAGGAACCUGACCCGGCUCCAGCUGGAUGGGAAUCAGAUCACCAAUCUCACAGAUAGCUCUUUUGGAGGCACGAAUCUCCACAGUCUCAGGCAUCUGGAUUUAUCUAACAAUUUUAUUUCUUACAUUGAGAAAGAUGCCUUCCGGCCCCUGCCUCAACUACAGGAAGUGGAUCUUUCCCGAAAUAGGUUGGCCCACAUGCCGGAUGUUUUUACUCCACUGAAGCAGUUAAUCCUUCUGAGCUUAGAUAAGAACCAGUGGAGCUGCACUUGUGAUCUCCACCCCCUUGCUCGGUUUUUAAGAAACUACAUUAAGUCUUCUGCUCACACGCUCAGGAAUGCCAAGGAGCUAAACUGUCAGCCAUCCACCACAGCCAUGGCCACUGCAAAGAGUGUGCUGAGGUUGUCUGAAAACAACUGUGAUUCCAGGGCUCCCAACCUCACUCUGGUUCCAAAGGACAGAAGUCUCCUCCUCCCAGGGCAGGAUGUGGCCCUGUUGACUGUCCUUGGCUUUGCAGGAGCUGUUGGUCUCACUUGUCUAGGUUUAGUUGUAUUUAACUGGAAACUCCAACAAGGCAAAGCAAAUGAACACACAUCAGAAAACCUUUGUUGCAGAUCCUUCGAUGAAUCCCUGUGUGCUCAUGAGGCAAGAAAUUGCCACACUAAGGGAUACUGUAACUGCCACUUAACUCAGGAAAAUGAGAUAAAGGUCAUGUCCAUUGUGGGGUCCAGAAAGGAAAUGCCACUUUUACAGGAAAACUGCCAUCAAGCAAAAUCGGCCUCUGAGCCCACAGCCCUUGACGGAUCAUUUAGAAACCUGAAAAGGAACGACCAUGGGGCAGACAGCACUUUCCUUUCCCUGGAUGGCAGGUUGCAACAGUCAGGAUAUUCAGACCCUUCUGGGAAUAUGGCAGUUUUUAAUGAAGCUGGCCUACUUACAAGAUACUGUCCAAAGAGAGUUGAAAAGCUAAGGAAUCUCGAGCAUGGAGAAGUCCAACCUCCAAUCCUGCCACAACGUGUAACAAGAACAAUAGAUAUCAGCAGUGACACAUUUAGAAGACGAUAUGCAACAUCCGCUUCAGCCUUGGCAAGAGAGAGUCUUGAAAAGCAUUUAACAAAUGAAUCAUGGCAGCCUCCAAUAGAAAAAGAAGACAAUGGCUUACAACCUUACAGGCAGAGACAUUUUAUUACAAGCUCAUCACCCAAGCCUUGUGAGCCUGAGGAACAUUAUGUACAAAAGAUCUUACAAAAACAUCGAUCAAAAUAUGAUGAUCCUUGUGAACUGUUAAAACGGAGCAGGCCUAGUUAUUUUCAGCCAAGCAAUUCUCUUAUCUGUAAAUAUGUGCCCUGUGAUCAAUUUCAAGAUUAUGUGAAAGAAAAGAAGCGAAAUCAUAGAGAGCAUUCAAAGCCCCAGAAAGAGCAAAUCCAAAUUAAUAGUGCAAUAGAAAAAUUCCUUAUGAGUGAGGACAGCAUAGAUUUAUUGGGGUUAUCAACACAAAUCAAAAAAACAUAUUCCCCAAAGAGGGUUAGUUUCCACGAUCCUGAUUCAGUAGAAAAAAAUAGUUUCAUGAUGUCACCUAAAAUAUCAACCCACUGGAAACAGCAGGAAAAUCAAAGUAACCACCUGACUAAGUUGGAGCUCAAAAAAUGUAGCAACCGUGGGGAGAGAAACAAAGGAGGAAAAUGGCUUACUGAUUCACAGAUUCUGAAAAAAAGGAGAACCAAUCAAUCUGACUUCAAAGGGAAAAUAAAAAGAAAAAAUUUAAAGAUAAAAUUAAAUUUACAUCCUUUUAGAAAAGUUAGAGUCCAUCCAGAAAAAUCUUUGCCGGAACUCUCAAAGAAACACAAACAAGUACUGUUAUCACCUAAGAAAUUAUCCAAAACUUCUGAGAAAAAAGGCAAAAUAAAUCUUGUGUCUUCUGCAGAUUUUCCUCAAUGGCAAGAGAGAAACUAUGGUAGACUAACUUCAAAGAGGCUGCCUCUCAAACAUGCCCCAAAGCAGACCUCGUACUACGAAAGAAACGCUAAGUGUAUCCCUUUGGUCAGUGCUAACAACUUGUCUAGAGUGAGCCAGAGCUCUUUAGAAGGCAGCUGUCCCCCAGCUGGUCAUGUUUCUGAUGGAAACCUGUCAACACUGCCUCAGCCUACACCCCUUGAUGCUGGGCACAGGCACUCACACUCUCAAUUUUCAACCGAGCCAGUGGAAGGUGUGAGUCAGCUCCAAUUAGAAAUUCCUAGUUAUUUACCAGCUACUUGGGAAAGUGUGAGAAAUGAUGUUUUACCAUCCCAACAUUCCAGGGGGGCUACUGACCAAGGGGCAACAGAGUCCACUGAGCAUAUGGGGCAGAACACAACAAAGACCAAUGAGCUAAGCUGGUUUUCUUUGUCCCCAAGGAAUCAAAUGCAACCUCUAGAUGCCUACAAGAUGGACACCUACAAAAAAGAAUACACUUUAGAUCCAAAUCAAGCUUUGCAAAAAGAAGAGCAAAACUCAAGUUGCGAACAAUCUGGAAAUGAAGAAAAAACGUUAAUGACAAAACCCAAAAUAUCACAUCAAACUGUGGAAAUUUCUAAUAUGGAUAAGGAAGGAAAUGAUGUAGAAAAACAUCUUUCUAAAACAGAAACUUACGAUUCCUCUCUCAUUCCCCAAAAAUCCAAGAACAAUCUACCAUUAAUGAAGACAAAUUCUAUUCCAUACCAAAAUAGAACAGAGCUUCCCAAGGAUAUUGGUACUUUUCCUCUUAGUAGUCAAGCCAUUUGGCAUCUAACCAACAGUAGUGAGAAAGGAAUUGACAGCACAAAUGGAUUGCCCAGAGAUGACAGCACUGAAGCUCUAGAGAUAAAAAUAGUAGGGAAAAAAGAGAAAAAUACACUUGAUGAAAACAAGACAAAUUCGAGUAUGCUAAUUCGGACCACACAAAUGACCUUAAAAGGCACCAUAAAAGAAAGGCAGCAAAUUUGGGAAAAUGGAAAAAGUGAAAAAUAUAUAUAUGAUCCAAGCUCCAUUGAGACCAUUAUAGCUAAAGAUUUGAGUAUUGCAAGUUUCCAUGGAACCAGACACAGAAUGCUUCCUAGUGAAACAGAUCUUCAAAUUAACAGUAAUAUACAUGGUUUGAGAGAAUUUCAAAAUAUUCAACCGGAUGAAGAUAACCAUGUACAUAAAGAAGGUACAUUGACAGUGGAGACACAUGGAGUGUCUUAUCUCUUACCGGAAUUAAAAGACAGUUUUCAGGCAGAAAAAAGGUGCCACUAUUUCUCAGCAGAAAAAAAUGAAGCUGAAAACUCUGCUCCAAAACCCGUACUUUAUCCACCAUCUGCAGAAUAUGCUAAUACAUCACCUUUAGAAGCAGAACAAAGUGAAAAAAAGAACUCAAAUACUAAUCGUUUUCUACGUUAA